GCACGGCGAAUUCCCAGAAAGUAGUUAGUGCGUAACCGUCAGUAUAGUUAGUGUUCUCUAUAUGAAUGUAACUCGACGCACAGAGGAAAGGCAAUGGCUUCGCUAUUUAGGAAGACAACAGUUGACGAUAUCAUUAAAGAACAAAGCAAAGAGCUGAGAGGAACUCAGAGACAAAUCACCCGCGACCGAGCAGCUUUGGAGAAGCAGGAGAAGCAAAUGGAACAGGAAAUAAAAAAGAUGGCCAAAACGGGCAACAGGGAGGCUUGCAAGAUCCUCGCCAAGCAGUUAGUGCAGCUGAGGAAGCAGAAGAACCGGACGUACGCGGUCAGCUCCAAGGUCACCUCCAUGUCCACUCAGACCAAGGUCAUGAACUCCCAGAUGAAGAUGGCAGGAGCCAUGUCUACCUCGGCUAAAACCCUGCAAGCGGUUAACAAAAAGAUGAACCCCCAAAAUACCUUGAAGACCAUGCAGGACUUUCAAAAGGAGAACUUGAAAAUGGGAAUGACAGACGACAUGAUCAACAAUACGCUGGAUGAGAUCUUCGAGGAGUCAGGAGACGAGGAAGAAUCCCAAGAUAUUGUGAGUCAAGUUCUCGACGAGAUAGGAAUCGAGAUCUCAGGAAAGAUGUCCAGAGCUCCAUCAGCAGGCAGGUCCCCUCUCCGUUCACCCCUCCGUUCACCCCUCCGUUCACCCCUCCGUUCACCCCUCCGUUCGUCCAAGAGCAAAACUACAAUCUCCAUCUCAGAUGACGAUAUCGAGAGGCAGCUCAAGGCCCUAGGGCUGGACUAACUAGCGACUCCUGAAGUUGAACCUCUGUUACAAACUCGGUUGUCAAUUAAUUGUGUUCAUGCUGACAAGAGAAUUGCUCUGGUUCCCAUUCCCACACCUUUCUUGAACCGACUGGAGUGUUCAUGCUAAAAAUCCUUAGUGUUCAGGAACCAGAAAAUGGCCUUGCACUAUUUUAAAACAAAUCUGUAAAGCUUUUCUCUGUGAUGACAAUGCACAGUAGAUAUCAGCAAGUUAAUCUGGGGGUGACACCGUCACUUGUAUUAAAGAACGCAAAACUGGUAUGAAUGUGGGUGGUUUACAAGUCAAUAUUUCAGUUCUGAAUGCAACUAGUGCGGGAAUGGGCACCAGCAACUCUCCCAGUUGGCACGGAAACAGUAAAUGAAGAACUUCAUGCUUCAAGCCAGCAUCUGAACAUCUCAUGGAUGAAGUUGGUCAGGAUGGUUUUAAAGGAAAACACUGAUGCUUGUGUGGAGCAGAUCAGCAAAUGAAAAGUUACAAAAUGAUAACUCUCAGAACUAGUUUAUAAAUUAAUCAGACUCAUCCUAACGGUUCAGUGGAAAUCCAGUGAAUUUAAGUUUUGCAAUUGUUUUUAUUGCUGACAAUUUUUUUUUAUAAAAGCUUGGCCAAGCACAGAAACAGCCCCUGCCAAGACACCUGUGGAAUUUCAAGGACACACAAGCUAAUUAUGCUCUAAUGACAGAAGUGCCAGCUCAGUUUUGCUGCUGAAGUCUGUGUGUUGUAAUGCUGUUGGUUUCCAUCCCCUAACAGUUCAAUGUUUUUGUACCUGCAUACAUGCGUGGGUUUGAAUUGUCUGCAGAACUACUUUUGCAGAAAUCGGUAGAAAUCAACAGUAUUUGUGUAUUAAUGUGUAUUAAAAUACCUAUGUGUUCUCUCCUUAGGUAUUUUGCAGUGAGUAUUGACUUUUUGUAUUUCAUUUGCAGCAUUUUACAUUCUGCAUGAGAAUCACAAAUUAAUUGGUGAAUAGAGUUGAAAAGCCAUGACCAUUUUUAAUACUGAAGCGCAGCUAUAUUACAUCUAGCCUACUUUCUUAAAUGGACAAGGAGUUAAGGGAACAGGUUUGGAGCCUGAUAGUUGGCAGCUUGAUUUGCAAUAUUGCCUGGUGGUUGUGGGGACUGAGUAAAUGGUACAUGUCCGCAACACUGUUAAUGAUCCCAGUUGUUCAAUGGCACAACGUUUCGGACCUAAGUCCUUCUUCAAACAUCCGAAACGUUGUGCCAUUAAACAACUGGGAGCAUUAACAGUGUUGCGGAAAUGUAUCAUUUACAUCAAUAUCAUGUAUUAUCAUGUAUUAUCAUUAAUUUUAUCCAUCACUAUGUUUCUAAACAUGUGUACAUGUCCAUGGGGGACAAAUAAAGAUUUGAAUUCUUGUAAAGGGACAAUUGCCACUGAUGAAUGUUGGGAUACCUUUUUCAACUCACACAUGUAAAUAUCUGCAGUGCUUUGAUUGAAAUGAAUGUGAAUGUGACUUUUCCUGUCACUGUGAAAACAAUUCAGAUUUAAGUAAAUUUUCUUGUCUUGUCCAAUAAUGUUAUAUUCAAUUUUGUAUGCUGGUAAUUUCAAUACUGUUGAAUUGGGACUCAUGGGUUUUUACCGUCUUUGUGAUAUACUGUAUACCGAGCAUAUGCAGGCUAUUUGACUUUUUAAUAAAUAAA